AUGAAGUCUCUUCUCGUAACAUCCUUCUUCAUUUCGGCGGCCUUCGCCUGGCCGGUCGAAGUACCAGCGGAGUCUACUUCGCCCCCGACCCGCGUCGAAGAGAGAGGCGUCGGCGAGGUGGCCGCAAUUAUACCUACAACCACUGGGCAGAUUGGAAUCAAUCCGGUUUUCGUGAAUCCAAUUGAGACCACAGCACCAUACAACACAUUCUUCUCGAACUAUAUCGACGACAAGGGCAACUGGAAAGCAAAAGACACAGAAUACAUAACCCAAGUCCAAGUCACAACCAAAGACAACAAGCCCACAUCAGCCACCGUGAUAGCCCCGGUAGCCGUUAUGACGGGACCCAAAGGUUACUUGGACGUCCUCAUGUCACCCAAGCUCGAACAGCAGCUGAGCGACAUGAUGGGGAAGGUUCCUGCAUGCUCGAAGAAGCGGGAAGCAGCAUGCGGCAUCACCAAGUUCCUCGAGGACUUCAAAGCUGACAAUUCCGAGCUGAUUAAAGCCCUGAACGAUGCGGUUAAAGACAUCCAAUUCCUAAGCCAGGACGUGCUCAAGGCCCUGGGCACUUCUGCUACCGCACAGGAGGCCCAGAUGGUUGCGACUGGGAUAGGUGGCAUCAGCCUGGUCUGGAUGGCUUUCCAUGUCUACGCGAAAAACCAUCUGCCGCUCGCGUUUGGGAUUCGAGACCCACCGAAGAAUAACAUUCCCGCCAUAGAGACUCCUCCUGAUGAGCCCAAGAAGUGUCCGGCGGAUGCGCCCAAGGGGAAGGAUGCCCAACUCUGCCAGGACUGCAAAGGGAAAGAUAAUGUUUGUCAGGAUGGCAAAUAUAAAUACUGUAAAUGCCUCGACGUAAUAAACCCCAUAUUCUUCCCCUUCGACCAGGAUUGGUUGAACGCACAGGCCGAUGUACUCAAGUACGCUCUUGAGCAUAUGGACGAUAAGCCCAACGUGACCUGCUCCGACACUGGGUACGACAAGGCUGUCGCGGUCGACGUCUCUUUCGUGAACAGCUUGGCGGAUAAAUUCUGCAAGGGUGAUGCGAAGAAGGCGCGCCAUAUGACGCUUGCCGGCAACGACAUCUCGUCCACGGCGUAUAAGAAAUAUACCUUUGACUUCUCGUACACUCCACCUAAUAACGUGAACGAGCAGUGUAACACGGAUUGUGCGGGGGCGAUCAAGGAUAUAACGGCUCAUUGCCAAGGACUGGACAGUCAUAGUGUGCAGAGAGGAGCAAACGUGACUCUUCCAUGCGGUGCGGAGUACAGCUAUAAGAUCAACAUCCCCGACCACCCAGACCAAGCAGACAUCACUUGUGCUAAUGGAGGAGAAUACAGCAAGGCCAUCGAUGUCGACGUCUCCUUCUUCCAACACAUGUCCGAGAACUUCUGCGGCAGGGACCUCUCCAAAACUCCUAAAGUGGACCUAACCAGCGCCGACAUCAAGUCCAGCGCUUACAAGGGCUACAAGUUCCACUUUGAAACCGACUCGAGAACAGAUUGCCUGCCCGACUGCAAGGCUACGUUCGAGAAGAUUGCUCCAAAGUGUGAGGGCCUCAACAGCCACUCAAUCCAACCAUCCGGUGAAGCCAAAUUCGCCUGUGGCACUAGCUUCAGCUACAAGAUUGAGAAGCCUGACCAAAACUCGCCCCCGCCCGCAGGAACGACACCAGGAGAUAAGCUCGGCUCGCUCCAAUGUCAUGGUGCCAACGACUUCGGCGAGCACGCAGACAUCUCUCCCGACUGGCAAAACCAGUAUACUGGGUGGGCGUGUGCGGGCACCGCUCUUUCUUCGAGCAUCAUGGAUGAAAAGAGUGAUCCAAUUGUGUGGCAGACGAAGACGAAUGAUGCACCGUACUAUUACUCGAUCUCGUGGGUCAAGGGGUGCAGAGGGCAGAAGCAGAGCCCUUGGACCCCGUUGGGGGACCAGAAGUUCCCGAAUAGCAACGACCAGAUUACGUGCACGAGUCUGUUGAGGAAGGAUUACACAGACUGCAAUAAUGGGGGUGUUGGAGGAUACAGGGAUGCCGGGUGUUUGCGAUAUGAAUUCAAGGCGCAGUAUACCAAGUAA